AUGUUUAAAAAGAUAUCAAAUUUAUUUCGAUCAACCCUUAAAACACCACCUUCUAUAAAUUUUAAACAGUUCUUUUCUCCCGUAACAAAUAUAUCACGACCGUUUUGUCCACCAGCUCCAUUAAUCCAUCAACAACGUACCUUUUUUGAUUUUGAUGCAUUGUCAUCACGAAGAUCUUAUACAGGACAUAAAGUGAAUAGAUAUACACAAAGACAGCUUUAUGACGUAGUUUCAAAUGUCGAUGAUUAUCAUCUUUUUAUUCCGUUUUGUACAAAUUCUGAAGUUUUAAAGACACAAUACAUUGACCGAAGAACAAAAAUUCUAACCGCUGCUCUAUGCGUGGGUUUUCAAGGGUUUUCAGAAACAUAUGUUUCAGAGGUAACAUGCGAAAGACCACAUCUUGUACAGGCAAUUGCUUCUUCUGAUGCUCUUUUUAAGCAUCUGACAACGACGUGGACAUUUACUCCAUAUGAGGAGUUUCCAUUAACUCAUUGCAAUCUAAAUUUUUCUUUAGAAUUUGAAUUCGCAUCGUCCUUACACGCACAAGUCGCUAAUGUAUUUUUUGGCCAAGUUAAUGAAUUAAUAAUAACUGCGUUUGAAGAAAGGUGUAACCAGAUUUACGGUUCUCCUAUAAGUUUACAGUCUAGCGACGACGAAUAA